AUGCCUGCCCUGAGCAGCAGGAAUGCAGGCGGCGCGCGCGCGCCCGCCGCGUGCACGGCCGGCGAAGCCCGGGCGCCGCACCAGCCUUCAGACGUUGAGCGGCGCCUGUGCGACCACAUCCAACAAACCCCCACCAUCACCCCCUACAACGCCAACCAGACCCACAACAACGGCUGGCUCAACGACCUGGCGCACCUCAUCGCCGUCAGCGCACGCGAGGGCCUGGACGUGGUCCCCGCAGGCAAGAAUACCGCCGCGACGCGCGCGUUCCGCAAAGUCUUCGAGGGUUUCGCGGCCCAGGGCGACAGAGUCGCGCCCGUCGUCGCAGCCAACGUCCUCGCGGCCAUCAAGGUCGCCGCCCUGGCCGCGGAUUGGGCCGCCAAGGGAGUUGAGAGACCCAGCGAAACCGCGGCACUCCUCCGGACGAUGCUGCAGCAAGAGGCGAACGACAGGUACCUGUCGCUCGGCGCCCGGUCGGCCGCGUACACCUUCGGGGAGUGGCACGCGGCCGGCGACGACUCAGCGCGGCAGUCGGAGAAGCUGGCUCCGCUUGCGCAGGCAAUCCUGGACGCAGUGGUGGAGGUGGGCUCGCGAACGCGCCACGGCAAGUGCCGCCUCGCGUCUGCGGCGGCGAUGGCGCUGGACGCGCUCGGCGUCCUUGCGGCGCACAACUACCAGCCGGCGUUCGAGGUGGCGUGUUUGGAGGCUGCGGAGUCGCUGGGGACGCUGCUGGCGCGGCACGUGCAGGCGCGGGCGAGACAGGGGAAGCCGUGCGAGCUCGGAGACGACUGCGACGCCGCGUCGAUCGGCCUGUAUAUUGAGCUGAUGCAGGGGCACGGCGCCUGCUUCCACGCGGAGGUGGAGGAGCUGCCAGGAGCGCUGCGGGCUGCGCUUGGACCACCUGACGUGGAUGACGGCGGCGGCGUGGCUGACGGCGGCGGCGUGGCUGACGAUGGGGAGGAGGACGCUGGCGCGGCACCAGAGGACGCCGCGGAGACCGCGGACGGCGCGACGAGCCUGGGGGCGCUAGUGCGCCGCGCACGGGAGCUGCAGGCGUGGGUCGAGCCAGGCGGCGGGGAGCACAUGAAGCAAGCCAUCGCGACCACGCUGCACGUGUGCGACCUCGCGCCGGCCCCUCGAGCGGUGCUCUCUCUCUCGUCCGACAGCAACGUCUGCGCGCUGCUCCGCGACAUUGUGGUCGCUCACGAGGCGCUGGCGCGCGUGUUCGGGAACGGCGCGACGGUCGAGGGCAGGAUCUGCGAAUAUAGCGGCGGGACGGCAUUGCUGCUGCACGCGGCCGCGACGCAGGCCGCAGCGUGCACGGGAGCGGCCUUCCGCGCCCACCUGCGCCAGAUUCGCCAGACGCGCCCGGCGCCGGACGAGCAGCUCCAGUGCGGCUGGAUUCGCAUGCUGGUCCACCUCGUGCCGGCGCUCGCGCCGGCCGCGGUCAGGGCCGGCCUGCACCCGCAGCAGUCGGUCGCGUGGAACCUCGCGGCGUGCGUCCUCGGCAGUCGAGGGUUCGUGGUGCCGCAGGACGCGCAGACCUGGGCCGCGCCGAGCGUCGCGGAACACGUGCAGCGGUACGCGCCGCCGGGCUGCGAGAACAUCGCGGCGAGGACCGCGGAGAUGAUCUGCGUGGUUGCGGGGGCGCCGCCGGGCCACCUGGGCGGGCGGGCGUCGGCGAUCUUCGCCGAGCUUGUCCGCGAGGGGCUUUUGCACGCCAGCGCCAGCGUCGAGGCACCGCGGCGCGCGAAGCUGCGAGCGCGCGCUGCGCCGUCGGCGUUGGCGGAGUGUCUCUGCGCGUUCGCGCGGGCUGUGCCCGCCGGCGACGGAUCAGGGGCCACGGUUGUCGACCCUGACACCGCCGCAGCGGUACGGGGCCUGGCGGAGGUGUUCGGGGAGGCGCGUCAGCAGGCCGCGGCGGACGACGUGUGCCGGGCGCUGCGGGCGUUGCAGCGCAUGCCUUGCGUGGUCGACGCGGAGAUGUGGACGCUGGACGUGGUGGCGAUGGUGGAGGAGGUGUGCGGGCGCGCGAGCACGGACGAGAUCGCUACGGCGGUGGAUGCGUUGUGGGUGCUCGCGCAGGCGGUGCCGCGCGCGACGCGACGUCCGGCGGGCGCGGUGAGCGCGGCGGCGAGCGCGCUCGUGGCGCGGGCGGGCCGCACGGCGCGAGAGGCCGCGCACGCGGUGGACGUGGCGCUGGCGGCGGCCCAGAAGCUGCAGGACGACGCGGCGUCGGCAGCGGCGAUGGAGGGCGCUGUGUUCGAGCUGGUGCAGCGCGCGGGGGAGUGCGGGGACGCGGACGAGGCGCGCGCAGCAGGGAUGAUGUACGCGAUAGGUCAGGCGCUGCAUCUCGCGGCGGCGGCGCAGCGCCCGCACGGGCGGCAGGCAGUGGAAAAGGCAGCGCAGGCGGCGUGUGCGCUGUCCGGCGUGGCGUGCGCGGGUGGCGCGGCGGUCGACGCGGCGCGGAGCGCCUGGGGGCUGAUGCGGGUGCUGGAGGUGUUCGACGCCGCGAGGGACCCCGCGACGGCGAUGCAGAUGUGGGAACGCGCUGUCGACGUGCUGCGGCGCAUGGAGCGCGCCACGUGGGCCAGCGAGACCACCGCGACGGUGUCGCUUGCGCUGUGGGCCGUCGGGAAGAUGGCUGAGCUGGCGGUGGACCUCGGUUUGUCCUCCGUGCCGCCCGACAGCCUGGACGCGGUGGCGAAGAUGCUCCUGCACACGCUGGCCGGCGCGCAGGACAGCGCGUCGCCGCACACGCUGCAGACCGCGCAGUGGGCCGUGGAGCACGUCGCGCGGGCCAAGGCGGCGACCGGGGCCGCGCAGAGCCUCCACUGCGACACCGCGGCCUGCGUGGACGGCGCUUCCGGCGCGCAGACUGGUGGUACGAUGUGGGGCGCUGACGAGGCUGCAGCGAUGUACGGAGCCUGCGCGACGCCGACGCUGCUCCCUGCCAGCCACGCAGCCUGCGGGACGCCCGCCACGCUGCCCGACGGCACGGCGUCCGGCGGGAGCCGGGUUCGCCUGCCGGAGCACGACAGGUCGGAGGGCGCUGUUCCCGCGGAGGCUCUGACGGCGGCGCUGCACGGGGUCCCGGAGAGCUUGAUUGCCGACUUUGGGUCCCUUCUGAGCGCUUGCGGGCCCUCGACGGGCGAGGAGGAGGUGUGGGGGCCGCUCGGCGUGGGCCUCGGAGCGUGA